CACUUUUUGUUUAUAACACCAAAAAAAUUAUGAAACGUUCUUCUUGUUCCAGAUUUCAACGAAAAGGUCCUCGAAAGUGUUUCGUUUGCUCUUUGGCCUGAACCUGAAUCCUAAACCCUAAACUCUAAAUUGCAACGGCGUAACCGAGCAGUUUCUCUCGUUUGUACCAACAAUUGCCAUAAGCAUAGUGACAUUACACAUGGAUGUAGCUCUUGUUCCUCCUCUAAUGGUUUCCACGGGAUUUUUGCCGACUGGGUCGUUGUUACAAUCAUUGGUUCACAUAUGCAACGAAGUUUGCUCCAUGGAAAAGCUUCCGGUUUUGCAGGGCCGGAACAUCUCCACCAUGAUAAGGAGGAUCAAGCUCCUCGCUUCUCUGUUCGAAGAGAUACAAGAAUCAAACGGCCCGCUUCCUCCCUCUUCGAUCCUUUGCCUCACGGAGCUUUUCUCGGUGAUUCGAAGAGUCAAGUUUCUGAUCCAAGAUUGUAAAGACGGGAGCUCUCUGUGGGGGCUUAUGCAGACUGAGUUGGUUUCGAAUCAGUUUUACGUGCUGGUGAAGGAAUUGGGGAGGGCUCUUGAUAUUCUGCCACUGAGUUUGCUUAAGGUGACGGCAGAUAUAAGAGAGCAGGUCGAGCUUCUUCACCGGCAAGCGAAAAGAGUGGAGCUUUUUAACCAUCUCAAAGAGCUGCAGAGAAGAGAAGAGCUUUUGGUUUUGAUGGGAAGCAAUAGUGAGAAGAACAAAGGGUUCAUAGAUUUGGUCAAAGUGAGAGAUGUUCUGAGCAGCAUUGGCCUGAGAAACACCGUGGAUUACGAAGAAGAAACCUCGAAGCUUGAGGCAGAAGCUCGCAAGCAAGCAGGCAGCGGAGGGCUGAUUGUGGUGUCAAACAUAAACAAUCUCAUUUCCCUUGUUUCGUAUUGCAAGACCAUCAUUUUUACUGAUGAUGAAUUCGAAAAACCGAGUAAAGAGGAUAUGAAACUGCAGUGUGUCCGCUCGGGUAGAUAUUAUGAUCAUUCUUCAUCUUCUAAAUCGUUGAUUCUCAAUGUUCCGCAUGAAUUUCGCUGCCCGAUUUCAUUGGAUUUGAUAAGAGACCCUGUUAUUGUAGCAUCCGGGCACACUUAUGACCGAAAUUCGAUUGCACAAUGGAUCAAUUCAGGGCACCAGACGUGCCCCAAAAGCGGGCAGAAGCUGAUUCACAUAGCGCUGAUUCCAAACUAUGCACUCAAGAGUCUAAUGCAACAAUGGUGCGAGGAGAACAACGUUCCCACAACUGAAUCUUCCCAGUCUUCUUCCUCCGAUUUGGAGAGGAGCAACAGUAAAAGGGAAUUGUACGAGGACGCCGUGGAUCACAUUUCAGUUGUAAAAGCUGCUGUUGAUGCUGUGAAAUUGACAGCUGAGUUUCUGGUGGGAAAACUAGCAACUGGCUCACCGGAUAUCCAAAGGCAAGCGGCGUAUGAGCUAAGAUUACUUGCUAAAACCGGCAUGGAUAAUAGAAGGAUCAUAGCUGAGGCGGGAGCUAUUCCGUUUUUGGUGACAUUGCUGAAAUCCCAUGAACCGAGAAUACAGGAAAAUGCAGUUACUGCACUGCUCAACCUCUCCAUCUACAACAACAACAAGAUUCUGAUCAUGGCGGCAGGAGCAAUUGACAACAUAGUAAACGUCUUGGAAUCAGGGAACACAAUGGAAGCAAGAGAGAAUGCAGCAGCAGCAAUUUUCAGCUUGUCCAUGAUAGAUGACUGCAAGGUAACGAUUGGAAAGCACCCUAGAGCGAUUCUGGCAUUGGUGGGGCUUUUGAAAGAAGGCACUCCGGCUGGUAAAAAAGAUGCUGCCAUAGCACUCUUCAAUCUUGCAUUCUACAAUGCCAACAAGGUGAGCGCUGUGUUUGCUGGGGCGGUUCCUCUCCUCAUUGAGCUGUUGAUGGAUGACAAGGCAGGCAUUACGGAUGAUGCCUUGGCAGUGCUUGCUCAGCUUUUGGGUUGCUCUGAAGGGAUGGAAGAGAUUGGGAAAAGCAGGAUUUUAGUGCCUAUUCUUAUCGAUCUCUUAAGAUUUGGUUCUCCAAAGGGGAAGGAAAACUCAAUCACUCUUCUGCUGGGGCUGUGCAAAGAUGGAGGAGAGGAGGUUGCAAGACGUCUGCUAAUGAACCCACGGAGUAUUCCUUCCCUUCAGAGCUUGGCUGCGGACGGAUCCUUGAAAGCUCGAAGAAAAGCCGAUGCACUGCUUAGAUUACUGAAUAGAUGCUGCUUUCAAUCUCACAAUCAGAUUGGAUGA